AUGGCAUCCAUGAUUUCGUCCUCCGCCGUGGCCACCGUGAGCCGCACCGGCGCUCAGGCCAGCAUGGUCGCCCCUUUCACCGGCCUCAAGUCCACCGCCGCCUUCCCCGCCACCAGGAAGUCCGUCAACGACAUUACUUCCAUCACAAGCAACGGUGGCAGAGUCCAGUGCAUGAAGGUGUGGCCACCACUGGGUUUGAAGAAGUACGAGACCCUCUCCUACCUUCCCCCAUUGACGGAGGAGCAAUUGGGCAAGGAGGUCGACUACCUGCUCCGCUCCGGAUGGGUUCCUUGCCUCGAGUUCGAGUUGGAGCACGGUUUCGUGUACCGUGAGAACAACAGGUCCCCGGGGUACUAUGACGGAAGGUACUGGGUGAUGUGGAAGCUGCCCAUGUUCGGGUGCACCGACUCGUCCCAGGUGCUGAAGGAGCUCCAGGAGUGCGUCAAGGAGUACCCACAGGCCUUCGUCCGCAUCAUCGGGUUCGACAACAAGCGUCAGGUGCAGUGCAUCUCCUUCAUCGCUUACAAGCCCGAAGGCUACAACUGAUUCGAACCCUUCUCUGCAUUUUCGCGUUCUUUGCUUUUGGCUUUCCUUUGAGGAAGUAUGUGUUAAAUUUCUUUUCCGAAAUUCUCAAUGUUUUCCUGUGGUUUGGAUUCGAAUGUUGGGUCGAACGGUUGAGAUUUGUUUGAAAUAAUAAUAAUAUUUGUUGUUUAUGCAUAUAAUUAAUAGUGUGUGUAUUGCUUGUUCAAUCAUUGUGUCCCCUUUUCAUAUAAUUGGCUGGAGUGCUUUGAAAUGCAUGUGGUGGAAAUUCUGUCUGCCCUUUAGUUUUAGUUUGGGUAAAGUAUAGAUAGAUAGAUAGAUGCAAUUGUAGUCACCGUUAUGUAUUUCAGCCAGACGAAACGAGUGGCUCUUGUAUUACUCCUACUCUUACUCUAACUGGAGAGUUCUUCAGUUGGCUUGAUACAAUGACAUCCGUUAAGAAA